CAGCCUAAAUAACAAUCGUCAGCAUCUUAUUUCACAUUCCCCCCUUUUUCGAACUUUUCAGAUAGCUUCGUCGUUUGUAACGAAAACCAUCAAGCAAUAUGGCCAGUGAAAGCAAGAACAGUGCCGGUCGACACACGGUGAGAGUUGGUGUGUUUAUCCCGACUCAAUGCCAGAUGCUUGAUGCUGCGUCUAUUGAUGUUAUGGGUUCUAUGAGUCAUGAAGACAUAGUCCAGAUGGCAGGAUUCAUGCCGCAAGCCGUCAUCGACCUCGCCCCUUCGGUCAAAAUCCACUACAUCGGCAGCGUGAAGGCCGGGGAGCUGAUUCCCCUAACCGCUAACCAGAGCUUCGUUGCCACGAACCACUACUCGGACCCUGAAGUUGCGCCGGGAAAACUCGAUAUCGUGCUAAUCCCUGGCCCGGACCCCUUCGGCAAGUUUCCCGAGGACGCGGUUGCGUGGUUAGGUGCUCAGGGACGUACUGAGGGAGUUGAUAUCCUGAGUGUUUGCACGGGUAUCUUUUUGUGCGGCGAGGCGGGUUUGAUUAAGGGGAAGAGCGUGUGUGGACCGAAGGGUAUGCAGGAUUUGCUUCGCUCUAGGGGGUAUGGUGAGAAGGAAUUGGUUGGACAUAAGUAUCGCUGGAUUCAGGAUGGCAAUUUUUGGUCUGGUGGCGGCGUGACCAACGGCAAUGAUCUAGUCGCAGCGUACUGCCGCGCGACGUCAAAGCACUUCCCGCGCCCCAUCGCGGAUAUCGCGUGUGAACUCACGGACGUGGGCGAUCGCCCGCGCGAGUAUGGUUCAGAUGACUUGACGUAUGAGCAGAGCUUCAAGAAAUUGCUUGAAGCUGUGAAAUAGUGGGUUUAUCUGCCUAACUCGUUGGUUGUGAAGGGUCAUGGACAUGUACGGGAAAGGAUGGUUAUGGGUGAGAUAGCAGGACUAUUCUCUUCACACACACACACACACACACACACUCUCUCUCUCUCUCUCUCUCUCUCUACAAAAAAAAAAAAAGAAAUGCAGAAUCAAGAAUUGUCUGUUUUAUAUAGAUUGGUAUAUAUGGGCAGGAUUGUUCAUAUAUAUAAUCCAUGACAUUCUGUGACGAGGCGUUUGAUUCGUCGUGACUGAGACAUAACGUCAUGAUUAAUUGUAAGACCGAACUGAGAUAAAGGGUUCAAUUUAAGAC